GGAAACAAAACGAAACCCGGAAGUAAGCUGCAGCAGUGUUCAGUCUGACACUUCUCUAAACUAACAUGUGAAUUUGUUGAGCUUUUCAGCGGUAAGAUGGCAGCAGCUUGGCUGAAGUGGCUCUGGCUGCUGAACGCGGCGCUCUGCUGUUUCUCUGACGAUGUCAGCUACGUCAGUGGCUUCUAUUCCAACACGCCUCAGAGGUUGUCCAAGUACAGCUGGUUCGGGAACGCGCGCCUGUUCCGGUUCCGGGUUCCGGAAGGGGCGGAGCUUGUGCGCUGGUCGCUCACUGUGAUGCGCGGUUCCGGGUUCAGCUGCGGAGACCAGAACAUCGCAGUGCACUUCCGGGCCGGAGCACCGCCGGUCAUCAACCCCAUUAACACCACGUUCCCGAACUCCACGGCCUUCUCUCUGGCCUAUAACCUGACCGUGAGUGUGAGGAACACGCAGGCCAUCAGCGUCACGCUCUUUAAUGUGACGCAGCCUGAAGCUGGAGACUGGUUCAUCGCCGCUCAUCUGCCUAAAGACGAUGGCAAGAUAGAGCAACAGGGGCUGCCGUCGUGUUCGUAUUUGUUGCAGCCGCAGAUGUACGUGAGGAGAGCCGUCGACACGCCGAUCCUGCAAACCAACAUUCCACUCACUCAAACACUCACUCAGCAACACGCUCAGUUCAGGGUUUUUGUUCCUGAAUUCUCCUCCAAGCUGGACGUCUUUAUCCAGUCGUGCUCUGUACAGAGUGUUCCUGUGACUGAUUGCUCGCUGUCAAUCACUUUAGGCUCCGCCUCUUUGGGUCAGAGCUCAGUGAUUACAGUGAACUGCUCCGGGAACGAGCCGUGCUCUGCUUCUCUCUCCAAUCCGCCGUGGAACACCUGGGUGAGAGUUUCAGUGGAAAUCAGCCGAGCGAACGCGACGACGACGUUCAGCAUCUCAGCAAACUAUACAGCAGGCUGUAAACCCUCGAGCGUCCCUUCAGAUGUGAACGUCUCGUUUCCGCUGAGCAGCUCGUCUCUCAUCGCGUCCCCCAGAAACUCCUCCGUUGGCGUCUCGCUCUACGCUAACAGCUGCAUUCAGAACCCAGCUGUGUUACGUGAGGUGCAGGACGUCCUUUCAGUUCGCUUUACGAUCGCUAACGGCAGCGUGACCGCACUGUCCCAUCUGCCCACCGUGCUGACCCUGGAGCUGGACUCUGCAGACAGCGGGGGGGCGCUAAUCCUCCAGCUCGACCUCAACAAGACCUCUGUGAUUGGUCCAUUUGACAGUGUGAGGGCGUGUCUAACACCUUCUGCUCCUGUUCUUCAACUCAACACCAGCCAGUCAUGUGAUGCAGCUUUCAUGAAAGGAUAUCCACUCCGAGUGAACAGUAAUGAAACGAAGGCGUUGUUGAGGAUUCCCUUUCCCCAAGCAGCGACGUGGUACCUCAGUCUGCAAAGCAUCUGUAACAACAGUGUUGUCUGCAGAAACGUCUCGGCCGUGGUGAGCGUGUCGGCGAGUGUGAGCGCGUGUGUGGACGACUGCGGUCUGUACGGAGACUGCAGGCUGAUGCGCACACAGAGCUACCUGUACGCUGCCUGUGUGUGUAAAACAGGGUGGCUGGGAUGGAGCUGCUCAGACGGAUCGAGCGCUCUGUCGUUCUCUCGGCAGUUAGCCGCAGUGCUUCUGCUCACGCUCAGUAACCUGCUCUUCAUCCCUCCCAUCGCCGUGGCGCUGUACCGAGGCUACCACCCCGAGGCCACCGUCUACCUCUUCACCAUGUUCUUCUCCACCUUCUAUCAUGCGUGCGAUCAGCCCGGCGUGACGGUGCUGUGCAUCAUGGACUACGACACGCUGCAGUUCUGUGACUUCCUGGGCUCGGUGGUGGCCGUGUGGGUGACGAUCGUCUGCAUGGCACGGCUGAAGGACACUCUUAAAUAUGUCUUCUUCUUGGGUGGGACGCUCCUCAUCGCCAUGGCGAUGCAGCUGGACCGCAGAGGUUUGUGGAACCUUCUAGGUCCUGUGCUGUUUGCGUUAGCCAUCAUGCUAAGCGCCUGGAUAUACCGUGGUGUAAAACGGCGCCAGUGUUAUCCACCCACGUGGAAGCGCUGGGUUUUCUUCCUGAUCCCCGGCAUCGUAUCGGCGCUCAUCGGGUUGUGUGUGUACGCCUUCGCUCAGACCGACAGCAACUACUACUACACACACUCCAUCUGGCACAUCAUGGUGGCCACCAGCGUGGUGUUCCUCCUGCCGCCGCGCGAGAAGAACGUGCCGCCCUGGGGCUGGCCACGCAAACUCUGUGGAUAUAAAAUCUGUCUGAACCAGAAGGAAGAGCUUCACGUCGUCCCCUGAACACACACACACACACACACACACACACACACCCCGGCGAUGCAGCUUUAUUUGGGACAGUGUUUGAUUUCACCAGCUGUCUUUACGAGCAGAGAUGAGAAAGUUACAUGUUACAAAAAAUAAUAAUAAUAAAAACCAAAAACGCAACAGCAGAUCAGAAAACACUGAAUUGUGAAAC